AUGGCUGGAAUUAGCUGUGCGCAAUUUACUUUUUAUACGGAAUUUGACUCUGCAAAUCUAGCUAAGGUAGAACAAGUUCCUAAAGUCGGUGAUGUCGUCAUCAAACAUCCAAACAAAUUUCAAGAAGUCAUUGAUGCUGAAUUUAAUAUUUGGACCAAACCGGAUUGUUUCGGUACAGAAUAUGAGAAUGCCAACCGGACAUGGUUUUAUUUUGGAAUGAAAGCUCCGUCACCAUGUUUAAAUGUGAAAUUCAAUAUGGUUGAUUUAAAUCGGCAAGGAAAAAUGUACAGUCAAGGUAUGGCUCCUGUAUAUAGAAUAAUACCAGGUAAACCAAAGUGGGAAAGAAUUUCAGAUAAACCUACAUAUUCUAUUCAGGAUGACAUAUUUACAUUAUCAUUUAAAUUUCGAACCUCCGACAAUACUGAUGCCAUAAUGUAUUUUGCAUUCACUUACCCAUUUUCGUAUUCAGAAUUAGAAAGAAUGUUAAUGAAUAUUGAUGCAAAGUAUCUAAAUAUACAUCCUAUAAGCGAUGAUGAUAUUUAUUAUGUAAGGGAGACAGUUACUCAUUCCACUGAUGGUAAACCAAUUGAUUUGCUUACCAUAACUUCGUACCAUGGGGCUUCUCAAGACAGAGAGGUCAAACUUAAAAAUUUAUUCAGCAAAAGUAUAGUACCAAGGCCAUUUAAAUUUCCAGGAAAAAAGGUAAUAUUCGUAUCGGCCAGGGUUCACCCUGGAGAAACGCCAUCUAGUUUUGUAUUCAAUGGUCUCUUGAGUUUGUUGUUAAGUAGGGACGAUAUAAUAGCUCAAACGUUACGUAAAAUGUACGUAUUCAAGCUGAUACCUUUUUUAAAUCCAGAUGGUGUAUCUAGAGGUCACUACAGAACUGAUAGCAAGGGUGUUAAUUUGAAUAGGGUUUAUCUAAAUCCUAGUAUAACUGAACAUCCUUCUGUUUAUGCUGCAAGAUCUUUAAUAAGGUAUUACCAUUUUGGUUGUGAGAAGGUUGAUUUUAUACCGAUGUGUGACGCUUGCAAAGGCACUUCCGCCAAUUCAAUAGAUAGUAGUGACUCUGAUUAUGACGACGGAGAAAAAGAUGGAAUACGAAAAAAAGUAUCUCGCAUAUCGUUGGGUGAAAAGGAUGACGAACAACCGCCGUGGUGUACAAAAUGUGCCCAUGGAGAUUUAAAUGCCAACGAAUCUGGUCUUUACUUAUACAUUGAUUUGCAUGGGCAUGCGUCCAAGAAAGGGGUGUUCAUGUAUGGAAAUCACUUCGACGAUAUCGACAGGAAUGUGGAAUGUAUGUUAUUGCCCAAGUUAAUGAGUUUAAAUAACCAUAAUUUCCAUUUCCACGCUUGCAAUUUCACCGAGAGAAAUAUGUACCUGAAGGAUAAGAGAGACGGAAUGAGUCGAGCUGGUUCUGGAAGAGUUGCCGUGUUGUCGCUUACGGGGAUUAUCAAAAGUUAUACGCUCGAAUGUAAUUAUAAUACUGGUCGACUGGUCAAUGUUUUACCUCCUACUAUUAAGGAAUCACACGGAAAAGUACAUACCAUAUGUAUACCUCCGAAAUAUACCCCGCAAACAUUUGAGGAAGUAGGACGCGCUUUAGGUGUAUCAAUAUUAGAUCUAACUGGCAACAAUCCGUUCACCAGAUUACCAAAUUCAGAAUUUCACACAAUCGCCGGUCUGAGAGAUUGGUUGAAGCAAAUGUCGCCGGAACUAACCAGUGAAUGUCGUUCUAAACCUCGAACGAAGUCUGCUAUGCAAUCUCAGGGAAAAUCAUCACGAUCUCUGCUCAAGAAUCGGACUUCGCUGCCAAAACCGCUUUCGAGAAAAACGAAAAUACGAAGCGCCCCCCCUAUACCGCUGGACCGCAAAGAAAACGUACAGGCCACGUCGUCGAAAUCCGGAUUGAAAUUUAACAAGUUCAAAGCGAAAAUCCGUAAAGAUAUCACGUUGAAAUCGAAGAAUUCAACGGAAAAAUCGAAAACGGGCAAAACCGUAAAGAAGGCUGCGUUGAAUUCCGCUAAGAAGGCGCCGGUAGAGGUGGCACCGAAUACAGAGGGAGCGGUCGUGCCGGCGGAGAAGCUCAAAGACGAGGGCGUACACCUAAAAGAAAUACGAUUUAUUAAAAACAGUGAAGGUAAGGCGGUAAUCGCGAAAUACGACACCAAGGACUAUGACGACAGCCUAGUCGUGGCUUGGGAAAGGAACGCCAGCAAGGGCCAACUUUUCACCCGCAGCUCGAGGGUCGCUUCCGCCACUCAAUUCAAUUUCGGUAAUCGAAUUACGUUCUCGGAACCGGGCACCAGCAGACAAAUUAACGGUUUUCGAGUUCACAAUUUCACAAAACCACCAUCGAAAACCAAAUUGCGCAAAAAUUUGCGCCGUCUGGCUAGCGCCGCCGACGUACUCGGUAAAGUGGACAAGAAGAAUUUGAAGAAGAAAUUAAAGUCCAAAUAA